CAGAACGCCAGCGCCUUUCCUCCCAUUUCCACGGCCGGCGUUGAAAGCUGCAGUUUAGAAACUCCAAACGAGCUGAGCUGCUGAAAGGGUGAGCUAUUAAUUCAUUAAUUCAUGAUCAUUAAUUGGAUUCCUUACCUACCCUUCACCUUAAGGUUCUAGGGUGGAUGCUGGCAGCAUAAAACAACAAGAACAACAACACCAGUUUAAUGCGAAUUACGGUCCAAAAAAAUAGGGUGAGAUCUAAAAUACCAUCUUUCCCAGACCUAUCUGGAGAGGCCAUGGAACCAAGCUGGGACCUUCUGCAUGGCAAAUACCAUAUUUUUCGCUCUAUAAGACGCACCAGGCCACAAGAUGCACCUAGUUUUGGGAGGAGGAAAACAAGAAAAAAAAUAUUCUGAAUCUCAGAAGCCAGAACAGCAAAAGGGAUCGCUGCGCAAUGAAAGCAGCAAUCCCUCUUGCUGUUCUGGCUUCUGUGAUAGCUGCGCAGCCUGCAUUCACUCCAUAACACACACACACAUUUCCCCUUACUUUUUAGGAGGGAAAAAGUGAGUCUUAUAGAGCAAAAAAAUACGGUAUAUACAGAUACAUGUGGUGUCAAGGGCCAGGAUAAAGAGGUGGGUCUUAAUGACAUGACAGAAACUACAUUUUGAAGCUUUGGAAUAGACCUCUGUGGGGAGUGAAUUCUGCAGAUUAGGGGUUGUCACUGGAGAAAGCCCUCUCUUUAGGGGCAGACCUUGGUAAUAUGCCAGGCUUUGGGAAGGAGGCGCAAGACUCUGUGGUCUGGAGACUAGUUGCAAGAGCCCAGCCAUCCUGUCUGGCUGAAGGGGUGGUCUAUGCCACACCCACAGCAAGAUUUCGCUUGCCUUGAAAAUUCUCCCCUUCUCUCUGCCCUCUAUAAUAUUGGCCUGGCUUUGUAAUAAAAUGACCCCUCCCCAUGUUAGUCUGUUCUCUUUCCCUCCGAUUUAUUUCACAGGCAUUUCUCAUGCCUUGGGGACAGUUCCGCUUUUGCAACUGGAACAAAGAACUUUGGAGCAGGGGUGGGCGGGUGGAGGAGGCUUGCUGCUCCAAAAUAAAGUCUGAAAGCAUUUUUGCGCAACCUCGUAUCAUCCAGGAGCAGAAAUGAGUGAAACUGUUCCUGAUGUUUUCAGCCCUAAGUGUGGUUCACCAAAUUUCCACACUUAUUUCCACACCGAAAAGCUCAAGAUACAUGCUGAUCUACCCACAUGUAGUUGUGAUCCCUGAGAAAAUAACAGGAUAUAUUUAUCCAAAAGUCUUCAAACUUACAUGACCCUUUAAAAAUUAGCUGAUGAAGGUGAAUACUUCGAAACAGGGCCCUGUCCUGGUUUCUGAUCCAUAAUUGACUCCUGAUUUCUGCUCACUGAUUGAAACUCCAUGUCGAAUCUGACUAUGGGCUAACAUGAACUUAUUUCUACUCUUCAACUCUUAUCUCUAAUUCUGUAACGAAUUAUUGUGUUAUACAUAUCUUUAUGAGUUUGAGUUUGUAAUCUCUGUUUGAGUUUGUAAUCUCUAUCUGAGUCUGUAAUCCUUGUCAGAAUACAUACUUUUGAAUGGAUUAGUUUUUGUCACAAUUGACUGUUGAUUUGCGAGUAGGGACCACACCCACUAUUGAAACUUGCAUUGGCCUGAGUUUUUGCUGUGCUUUUUUCUGGUAUACAGUGGUACCUCAGGUUACCGUAUUUUUUGCACCAUAACACUCACUUUUUUCCUCCUAGAAAGUAAGGGGAAAUGUCUGUGCGUGUUAUGGAGGAAAUACCUACAGGUGGCAUGCCUACAGAUUUUCCUCCUCUAAAAACUAUGUGCGUGUUAUGGUCGGGUGCGUGUUAUAGAGCGAAAAAUACGGUACAUACGCUUCAGGUUACAAAUGCUUCAGGUUACAGACUCCGCUAACCCAGAAAUAGUGCUUCAGGUUAAGAACUUUGCUUCAGGAUAAGAACAGAAGUCAUGCUCCGGUGGCGUGGCAGCAGCAGGAGGCCCCAUUAGCUUAAGUGGUGCUUCAGGUUAAGAACAGUUUCAGGUUAAGAAUGGACCUCCGGAAAGAAUUAAGUACUUAACCUCAGGUACCACUGUAUUUAAUAACAAGAACUCCAACUUAUUUAACAUGAAAAUUUAUCUGCAUUUUAGUGCAAGUUUCUCCUGAUAUCCACAUUCAUAUGGAUAUGUCCAACAGACACAUUUUUACAAAGUUGUUUCCUGUAAUAUAAUGUAUUUUUUUGCAUGCAAUAGUCACAGGUGUAUUUAUCUUUAUGCACACUUCACAAUAGUAUAUGCAAUCUAUUUGUAUAUACUGUACACUUGCUGGCUGGAGGACUUCGCUGCAAAAUUCAGUGCCAGUUUAAAAGGAUGGCUGUACUUCGGUUCACAUAUUUUUUUCAGAAAGUGUAAACAUGGUGUGUUUUCCUUGGAUUGUGGACUGAAUCAGGAAAUUGGAAUUGUUGACAUUGCAGUUUUUGUUGGGAUGCAAAGAGUACUUUGGUACUCUUUGGUGAGAGAACCUCAGCAGAGAUUUAUGGUCACAAAAUAUUCAGCAAAGUGUGAAGAUAGAGGGUGCUAGACCCUUAAAAUGUGCCCUUUAAAGUGAGUACCAGAGUUUCCCUCUUCCCCCAGCACAGAAAAAGACCACACAUUUGGUAAGUUAAAAAUAGUUUACUUACAAACUCUUCCAAGGUCAGGUUCAUGUGGAUUUCUGCCUGAGAGACCUUUUUUUUGUAGGUGGUGAAGAGAGAUUCUCACGAAAUAAACUUGAUCUCUCCCACUCAGAAGAAUGAAGGCGCUUGUGGCCACUCUGCUUUGUGUGAUUGUCUUCCCAAAAGGUUUGGAGUGUGGUAAGUCUAUGUAUGUUCAUAGGGGAAGAGGGGAGAACUAGCUACAUAAUGUUUUGUAAAGCUUUAAUUGCCUCAAUUUUCCUCCCUAAAACCACACUGACAUUUCCUUCCCUUCUCUGCUUCUGAAUCAACAAAAGGGCGACACUACCUUAUGUUUCAAGACCACUCUCUCACAGACAGCUGCCCUCCAAAAGGACAAAAACAUAUUUCCUUCUCCACCCCAGUUCCCUUUUUCUUUCUCUCUCUCUCUUUCUCUCUCACACAUAUGCAAGACAUAGAAUGCCUCCAUCAGUGUCAAAGUUUAUUGACCAAAGUUCUUGCAACCCUCCCUCCCAGUUUUGCAGCAAUUUCUUAAACAUUUCAGCAAAAAAACCCGCUUGCACAUUUCCCCCCAAGUUUCUUUUUUUCUUUUAACUUUUAUUGAUAAAUGCAAUACUUACAAACACAAACCAAAACACUAAACACUCUUAUUAUACAUAGAUACAUACAUCUCUCAACUUAGAUUACAAAAAAAGAAAACAAACAUACAAACUAAACAUACAGACAUAAAUUUUAACUUCCCUCCACCUAUAUGCGCCUUCCUUUGUUUCUUUUCUUCUUUUCGCUGUGUUAUCCAUAUUAUUUUUGACUAUCUGAUCUUAUACCCAUUUCUUCUUAAUUUUUUACCCUAUAAGUUUCAUUCAUUGCAUAUUGAUAUAUUAAUACCAGAACAAUGUUUUUUUGAUGUAUUCCUUCAUGCAAGUCCACUCCUCUAUCAGUUUUUGGUCUGACUGGCCUCUUACCAAUGCUGUAAGUCUUGCUGAUUCUGUAUAUUCACAAAAUCUUAUUUGCUAUUCUCUCAUUGAGGGAGUUUUUUCUCCCUUCCAAUUUUUUGCUAUAAUCAUUCUGGCCGUAGCGGUUGCAAAUAAGAAAACCUUUUUUCCUAGCGGCAGGCAUGUCAGUCGAUAUAAUUCCCAAGUUUCCCCAGACAUUUCGAAAGGCUGCUGAGAUCUCCGCCCUCGCCACAAGACAAUAUCACCAAUGCAACUAUCUGUAAACAAAAAUAAACUUCCAGACAAAUGGCCAAAGUAGUUUCUCUUCCAAAUAGGUUUUAUCUUAAACAAUUGCAAAUGCAUUGAGUAAAGAGCUCACUUGUAAUAUAUCAGUGGCUCAGUGCUCAUUUAUUUUCUUUUGGAAGAAAACUUAUCACUUGUGUCGAUUGCAGUAGCCAUUGUAUCACCACCCUCCUGUUCAUUGUUUUAUUGAAAUUUCCGCCGUGCAAAGUCCGGGAUUUUCCAGUCGUAUGGCUCUAUAUAGGGAGAUUUUAAAAAAAGCCUCAAAUCGAUUUACAAUCAAGGUAAGAAAUAAAAUAAUAAUAUAAAUAGAAAGGAGAUUUAACAGUGUCACAUAACGUCAUUGGUGCUACCCAACUGCCUAGAAAAACAGAAAAAAAUGAUUUUGCCUGGUACUGAAACGAUGAUGAAAUUGGCACCAGUCAAAUUGCCAGGGGAAACAUUCCCUUAACAGCAUGGCUACUACAGGGAAGGCCCUGUUCUCUCACCGCCAACCCCUGGACCUCCCUUGAAGGUAGGACACAGAUCCUCAGAUGGUUUUAAGGGGGAAAGCGGUUCUUUAGCCACAGCAGUCCUAGUGUCUGAUCCUCCUCUUCAUCAGACAUCCUAAAUUGAGGCGGUGUUUGGCAGCUGGGUGGGAAUGUGGUGCAGGAUUAUGAGAAUUUAUCAUGGUGAUGGCAUGAAAUAAGACCGCCCAGAAGACUUUACAGUGACACCUCUGCUUGCGAACGGGAUCUGUUCUGGAGGCCCAUUCGCAACCUGAACAGAAAGCAACCUGCAUCUGCGCAUGCACGGGUCAUGAUUCGCCGCUUCUGGGCAUGCGCAUGACGUCAUUUUGCACGUCUGCGCAUGAGUAAGUGGCAAAACCCGGAAGUAACCCGUUCCAUUACUUCUGGGUCGCUGUGGGACGCAACCUGAAGCUAUCGUAACAGGACGUAUGACUGUAGAUUGAGAGGUCCACAAAACACUUUCCCACCCCUUUCCCCAAUAAAUGCACUCCACCUUUCCUCUCCUGAGUCUAAUAAGGAGCCCCUUCUGCGCAGACACGGACGGUUGCAUCGCCUCCUUGAAAAGAGACAUCCUCAAGCUGAUGGUCAAAUGGGAAGAUGCCAGCUGCCUCCAGAACCAGCAGGGCCUCGUCCCAAACCUCCUCCAGACCCUCCCUCGGAGCUGCAAGGAAAUCAAAACGGCUCUGGAAGGAGCUCCAGGUAGGUAAGCCAGAAGGAGAUGUGCCAGAUCAGAGGCUCUUUGUAGGCAUCUCAAGGGGGUUCGACCAAAUGCCCCUUUAGGUCCCUUCCGACUCUACAAUUCUCUGAUUCUGUGCUCACUGCUGUGUCAGGGAAUGGUCUGAAAAUGAGAACCGGGGAAUGCAUUCUAUUGCAGACCAGCUUCUCUCUGAUGGAGAGCUGUAGGGGGAAGAGUCGCCCCCCUUGUCCACAGUGUGUCCUGAAGCAGAGAGAGAGAAACAGGAGCUGAACAGCUUAGGGAGGAGCUACCUAGUUGCGAGAUAAUGACAAGGGAGCCAGAAGGGAGGGUGCAGCUAGCUGAGACGUCACUUGAGAGUGUGGGGGACACCACCCUCACCGUGGACUCGGAGGUCCGAACGUAUCAGGGAGCAAAAGAGGCAGAGGGAGGGAUGAACUUAGUUGUUGCGGAGGUUGGAGGAAGGAUUUAGAGUAGCCUCUCCUUGCGGAGAGCUGUAUAUUUGUGCUUGUGACAUGAUGCUGCAAUAAAAGGACCAUAAAUAUAUCAAAUGCUCGUAAAUUCUUAUCUGUGGAGCUACCGAAGGGAGGGGAGGAAUCUCCACGCGGCAAGGAUUACAAAACGUGAUCAGAGUCAAUGCCGCCAACGGAGAGAGGGUCAUAACGAUAGCCUGUUUGGCUCAUUGGCAGAUGGGUUGUAUUUCCUGAGCACGGAGGACGGUGAGAUCUACCAAACCUUCUGCGACAUGUCCACCAACGGAGGCGGCUGGACGCUGGUGGCCAGCAUCCACGAGAACAACAUUUAUGGGAAGUGCACCCUGGGAGACCGCUGGUCUAGUCAACAAGGGAACACUGCCAAUUACCCAAGUGGAGAAGGCAACUGGUCCAAUAACAACACCUUUGGGACGGCUGUGGGCUCAACGUGUGAUGACUAUAAGGUGAGGCUCUGUUACCUUUCUUGAGGACAUGGGUGGCACUGUGGUCUAACCACUGAGCCUCUUGGGCUUGCUGAUCAGAAGGUCGGCGGUUUGAAUCCCUGCGACGGGGUGAGCUCCUGUUGCUCUGUCCGAACUCCUGCCAACCUAGCAGUUCGAAAGCACACAGUGCAAGCAGAUAAAUAGGUACUGCUGUGGCCGGAAGUUAAACAGCAUUUCCAUGUGCUCUGGUUUCCUUCACGGUGUUCUGUUGUGCCAGAAGCAGCUUAGUCACUCUGGCCAGCUCAGUUGGGGGGGGGGCUUGUGGACAGGUCAAAUGACCUCCGCUGGCCGCUUCCGGCCCAUGGGCCUUAGGUUGCUGACCCCUGCCCUAUAACUUCCUGCCUAACUUUUUAUUCCACUUUGGUUGCGUUAUGGAGUCAUCCCUCUAGAUGGCAGCAAUGUGUUAACCUUGUGGAAGCAUCACAGAACAACUACCGUAUUUUUCGCUCUAUAAGACACACUUUUCCCCCUCCAAAAAUUAAGGGGAAAUGUGUGCGUGUCUUAUGGAGCGAAUGCAGGCUCCAUGGCUUCAGCGAAAGCAACGUGAAGCCUCCAGAGCUGCCGCUGCGCUCCGGAGGCUUUGGGCGGCUAUCCCUGAAGCCAGGAGGGCAAGAGGGGUCGGUGCACACCAACCCCUCUUGCUCUCCUGGCUUCACUUCGCUGGAGAGGCGCUGCACAGCUUUCCCUCUCUGUGCAGCGCCCCUUCAGCGAAGCGCGAGGAGAAAUGGAAGGGGCUCCAUUUCUCCUGCUGCUUCACUGAAGGGGCGCUGCGCAGAGAGGGAGAGAAUUGUUUUUCCUUGUUCUCCCUCUCUAAAACUAGGUGCGUCUUAUGGACGGGUGCGUCCUAUAGAGCGAAAAACCCGUAUUAAAGCAGAGUCUUGUGCGGAUGGUCCAUUAUGAAUCCACCACUGAGGCACUCUGAUUGCAGAAUAAGGCCCUAAGGUGUUUUCUCCUACCCUCUUCUGAUAUUUUACAGAAUCCAGGCUACUCUGACCUCCAAGCACGGGAUAUGGCCAUCUGGCAUGUCCCAAACAACACCCCCAUGAGGGAAUGGCGUGACUCUGCCUUCUUGAGGUAUCACACCGAGACCGGAUUCUUGUCCGUAGAAGGAGGGAACCUUCAUGGGCUUUAUCAGGUAACUGAUGUGGCUGAAUGGACAGUCAAUAUUUAGUGCCUCAGUUAGCCCAGACUUCUCAAAAGGAUGUGGCGGUGUGUGUUUGAGAGCAGAUUUCUAAAUACCCGAAGACCUCAGAUGUAGAUCUCAGAGGUCCAGGUUCCCAUCCCGUCACAACUUCACUCUGCCCUCUGUUAUGACUUUGUUACGGAAAACAUGGAAAAGGGACGCUCGCCCUGCCCCCAUGGCCCAACCCUCGGGUGUACAGCAUGUGCCGGAUGGGUGUCGGAGCAGCUAGCUUCACCUCUGUCUGGAGGCUGUAGAUGCUUCUGAAUGCUAGUUAUUGGAAACCGGAGGAGGGGAGAAUAUCUCUUGUGCCCAGGUCCUCCCUGAGGGUUUCCCAUUGGUGCACCGGGUUGACCACUGAGAGAAUAGAAUUCUGGACUAGAUGGGCUACUGCUCUGAUCCAGCAGGCUUUUCUUAUGUCCUUGUGAUCAAAUUAAUAAGUAAAUAAGGAAGGACACAGGGAGGAUGAUGCAAUUACAGUGGUACCUUGGGUUACAUACGCUUCAGGUUACAUACACUUCAACGAAGAAAUAGUGCUUCAGGUUAAGAACUUUGCUUCAGGAUGAGAACAGAAAUUGUGCUCCAGCGGCACGGCUGCAGCAGGAGGCCCCAUUAGCUAAAGUGAUGCCUCAGGUUAAGAACAGUUUCAGGCUAAGAACGGACCUCUGGAACGAAUUAAGUACUUAACCCGAGGUACCACUGUAUAUUCUUUUUAAACAAAUUUGAUGCUCAGGCUUGUAUGCAUCUAAGUUGAACAGCCCAAGGUCUCUCUCUCUCUCUCUCUCUCUCUCUCUCUGGUUUAUUUCCCAUUUGUUCUUCUUUCCAGCAAUACCCAGUCAAGUUUGGGCUUGGCAGCUGCCCAGCUAAUAAUGGCCCCAUAGUCCCUGUCGUCUACGACACCGGAAAUGCACAGCAAACGGCGUUCUAUUACUCUCCAAAUUCCAGAGGCAAGUCCAUUCCGGUCUGAAGAUACACCCACAUGGAUUUUCCUACAAGGAUCCUGGGAACUUUAGUUUGUUAAGGGAAUUGUAGCUUGGGGAGGGGUAAGUUAGAACCCACAGGAUUCUUUGGGGGGCAGAGCUCUGUGCUUUAAAGGUAAGUUGAAUGUGCAUCAUCCGUUUUAUAUAUGUGUUGCGGACGUGAGCUUUGUCCCCAUGCCUUUCAAAGAGGAUUACACAAAUUCACGGAGGAGGAGAAAGCUGUCAAUUGCUCUCAGCCACCAAGACUGUGUUCUCCCUCCCCGCCUCUCUGUCUUUCCAGGUGAAUUUGUCGCUGGCUACAUACAGUUCCGGGUCUUCAACAACGAGAAAGCUGCCAUGGCGCUCUGUGCUGGGAUCAAAGCCACCGGCUGUAACACAGAAAUGGUGAGUUGUAAGUUGGUGGAAAGAGAGCCAGGACUCAGCUACAUUGUUGUUGUUGUUUAGUCGUGUCCGACUCUUUGUGACCCCCUGGACCAGAGCACGCCAGGCCCUCCUGUCUUCCACUGCCUCCCGCAGUUUGGUCAAACUCAUGCUGGUAGCAUUGAGAACACUGUCCAACCAUCUCGUCCUCUGUCAUCUCCUUCUCCUUGUGCCCUCCAUCUUUCCCAACAUCUGGGUCUUUUCCAGGGAGUCUUCUCUUCUCAAGAGGUGGCCAAAGUCUUGGAGCCUCAGCUUCAGGAUCUGUCCUUCCAGUGAGCACUCAGGGCUGAUUUCCUUCAGAAUGGAUCGGUUUGAUCUUCUUGCAGUCUCUGGGACUCUCAAGAGUCUCCUCCAGCACCAGAAUUCAAAAGCAGCUACAUUAGCAAAGAAAAAAGGAACUGAACACGUUUUACACAUGCAACAGCAGAUGGCGGAAGAGAGAAGGAAUGGUUUAAAACGAGAUUUCCCCAGGGGUGGAGCUAGCUGCUCAGGGGGACCCUUGGUGCCCAUUGGGGGCAAGCAGCGCUGCAAUCAGCGGCCAUUGGGGGUGAUCGGUGCCCAAGGGGGCGGGGUGUGAUCCGCUCAGGGGGGAUUUUGUCACCCCUCUUAGGGAUGACACCCGGGGUGAGCCGCUGCCACCUACCUACACCCUUGGCUUUCCCCUUGGAUUUUUUUCUCCUUUUAUUUAAAACAAUAUAAUUUCUGGCUUACCGUACUUUUCCGGGUAUAAGACUAGGUUUUUUAAAAUUUAAAAUUAUGUUGAUAAUUGUGGGUUGUCUUAUACAUGGAUACAAUCUCCCCCCAUUUUCUCAAUUUGGAGUCCCCAAAAUAGGGGGUGGGGCGUCUUAUACUUGGGGGCAUGUUAUAAACGAAAAAAUGCAGUACAGUGGUACCUCGGGUUAAGUACUUAAUUCGUUCCGGAGGUCCGUUCUUAACCUGAAACUGUUCUUAACCAGAAGCACCACUUUAGCUAAUGGGGCCACUUGCUGCCACCAUGCGAUUUCUGUUCUCAUCCUAAAGCAAAGUUCUUAACCCAAGGUACUAAUUCUGGGUUAGCGGAGACUGUAACCUGAAGUGUCUGUAACCUGAAGCAUUUGUAACCCCAGGUACCACUGUAUUUAUAGUGGUUUCCCCACUGUGUUUAGAUCCACUCCCGGGGUGGCGUAGAGGUUAGAGCUUGGACCUUGGAGACUGUGGUUCAAAUCCCCGCUUGGCCAUGGAGAUCACUGGGUUUGACCUUUUGGGGUGGGAGUGGGGGGUAGUUGCUGCCUCUCAGACUAACCUACCUCACAGGGUUGCUGCGGGGAUUAAACGAAGGGGGGGGAGGAAACCAUGUAUUCCACCUUGCAGGAAAAAAAAGGUGUGAUAAAUACCGUAUUUUUUGCUCUAUAAGACUCACUUUUUCCCUCCUAAGAAGUAAGGGGAAAUGUGUGUGCGUCUUAUGGAGCGGAUGCAGGCUGUGCAGCUAUCCCAGAAGCCAGAACAGCAAGAGGGAUCACUGCUUUUGCUGUGCAGCAAUCCUUCUUGCUGUUCUGGCUUCUGGGAUUCAGGAUAUUUUUUUUCUUGUUUUCCUCCUCCAAGAACUAGGUGCGUCUUGUGGUCUGGUGCGUCUUAUAGAGUGAAAAAUACGGUGAAUAGUAAUAAAAGAGGCAGGAUAAGUUUGGGAGCUGCUUUGUCCCGCUGGCGAUGCCGAAUAUGAUGAAGGCCACUCCCAGUUCCGAGCUAGACUCUCCCAAAUUUCCUUUCUCCAGUUCUGUGUCGGUGGAGGAGGGUACUUUCCAGAAUCAAGCCGGCAGUGCGGCGACUACACGGCCUUCGACUGGGAAGGCUACGGCACCCACACUGGCUGGAGUGUUUCAAAACAGUUGCUGGAGUCUGCGAUGCUGAUUUUUUACCGCUGAGUCUAAGACCACUGCUGAUUCUCUGAGCACCAGAGCUUUGGACUGGAGAAUGAGGACGUUUCCCCCCAGCUAAAUCUCAUCUCAUGUCAACAAGGCUAAUACAACCAUCUGGUUCAUA